AUUAGGUCGGGUUCGAUAUGUCAGUUAUCUAAUAUGGCGGCAAGUUUGUUGGAUGAUAAUUUGCGGUCUCUACACGAGUGUUUGACAGCCGCCAACAGUGCAUCCAAGGAGCAAGCAGAUGGCAUUGUAGCAGAUAUAAGUCAAAUAUGCAUCAACGAAUCGACAGACAAAGAUAUAGAUUUAUGUUGUUCUAUUUUGUUCGACAAAAGAAAAGGACUGGUCUCAUUUUUAUCUGAAACAGUCACAAAGGAAGAGUUUCAGACAUGCAAACAGAAAAUCUUAGAAUUUCUAUCAGAAUUUAUUCAAAAGAUAGAGAAGAAAAUCAUCCCAUAUGUUUUUGACAUCAAGGAUGUAUGCAUGUCUCUUUUCUUCCGUGAGAGGUUGACUAAAAUAAAGAACUUGUCUGUGCCUGUUCUAGCAAAAGUUUUAGAAUUGUCUGUAGGGUCUGCUAGUGCCCAGGAUCUGGGAAUCGAUAAAAUGGUCAACAAAUUCUUCAUGGAAUUAACAAAGAGUGUAUCCAAACUACCAGCAUCAGUGAAGGAGAGUAUUUAUGUGAUUUUGGGACUUUUAGCUGAGAUUUACCCAGAACACAUGACUGAGUAUGCCGGUAAACUAACAGACAUAUAUCUUAGAGCCCUUAAAGCAGAGAUGACUAGUAAAACAAAGAAGCCAGAAUUGACAGUGAUCAGUGGUUGUCUGGAGGGUCUGGCCAGUUGUCUUGUCAAUUUCACAGUGGAUGAAGACUCUUCAAACAGUUAUGAGAUAUUCAAAUAUGCCCGAAUGGCCAUAGAUCCUGAUAUAAACUAUACACGUUAUGAUGUCCCCAGAGCUGGCCUUAAACUGUUUGCUAGACAUUCUGCCCAGUUUAGAUCUCAGUUAGCAGAUGACUAUCAGGGAAUGUAUAACAAACUGAAAAGCUGGAGUAAGCACAACAAUAGAGAUCUGCUUCAUCUGGGUACUGCAGCCAUGGAGGCCUUCUUAAAUCAGAUAUCAGAAGUUCUAGUAACCAAAGCCAAGGAAGGAAAGAGAGAAGGGGCAGUGUUUAAGUUUUUUGUGACAAAGUUUCGAGAAAUCAUGAAUGACAGUUCUGCGAGUUCUAAAGAGCUGUCUUUAGCUAUCAGAGGAUAUGGCUUGCUUGCGGCACCAUGCAGAGAGUUCCUGGAGCAGACUGAUGUCCAGUUUAUGUUCAGUGAGAUGAUAACUAAGAGUGAACAGCUGUAUCUGAGCUCGGAGAAAGCAGAUGUAGAGGACAAACUUUACAGCUUGCCAAGCUACCUUGAGGCAUUGGCCAAUAUCAUCAGAGAGCUAGACCAUGUACCAGAAACUUAUGCCACAUCCAUUGAGCGCCUUAUGAUCAUUCUGGCUGAAAAUUUUCCCACAAUCCAUCAGAAGCAGCAUUUUGUGGCUGUGAAGUCCUUACUGUGGGUGCUGAUAACACUUAUGCCAAAAGGAGAGGUGUUUUCUCAAGUUCUGAGUGGCUUUGUGUACCAAAUGCUGAUCCGAACCUGUUCCCAUCCUCCAGUGAUUGAAACAGAAGACAUGACAGAAAGCAGUCAGUCAGAGCAGAUGGGGAACAAGGUGACAUACAAGGACUUCAUUGAGAUGUGGGACACCCUCUUCAACAGUCCCAGAAUCAAGGAAUUCAGUGUGGCAGACAUCAGUGUAGAAAUGAGGCUGGCACUCACAGAGGAGAUAUACAACAAGCUUAUUGAAUCCUUGCUUAAAAUGCUGGGCAAACUUGACCUGACUUCACAGUCCAGCACAGAAGUCGCACAACAACAAGAAGGGUCAAGUGCUGAUGACCCACAGGAUGUGUCCAGUGAUCCACUUCAUGGAAUGCAACCCAGCAAGCCCAAAGACUUCCAGAUCUUCAUCAACCUUGUUGAUUUCUGCAGGGAGGUUCUUCCAGAGAAGCAUUAUGGGAUGUUUGAGAAAUGGAUGUUUCUAUUUUGCCACACCUUAAUUCUUCAGUCUACAGAAAAGCCUUUGGUCAGUGGAUACUAUAAAUUGUUGGCAGUCUGUAUGAAGAUUGCAAAUAAACUGAAUUACUUUCAGGGUAUGGUUAGCCUUUCCCCAGUGAAGAAAGAAGUAAAAAUGGAGGUGGAUUCUGAUCAAAAAACAGACAUCCAUCAGAAGGCAACCUGUUUCCAGCUCAUUCAGAAAUUCACCAAGGAGGUCCUUGUGAGGAUGAAGCAGUACAAAGAUGACCUGCUGGCAGCCUGUCUGACCUUUAUUUUAACCCUCCCCAAAGAAAUUGUCUCUGAGCAAAUGUCCAGUGUGGUACCAGCGAUACAGUUGACAUUGUCGAUAGGUCUUGGUUAUCUGCCCCUAGCUAUGAUUGCAUUGGAUGCCCUGAAUUAUUGGUCUGACACCCUGCCUCCCUCUGUAAUACAACAGUACUACCCACAAAUCCUGCCAUGUCUGGACAGCUACCUUAAAACUAUGGACCAAGGAGCUGAUGAUGUUAGUGUAAAUACUAUGGAAAUGGCAAAAGGAAAAAGUGGAAAAGGUAGAAAGAAACUGUCUGUAAGAAUCAUCAAAGGACCCAAGACAGAAACCAAACAGGCUUUUCAGACUCAGAUAGCAGAAGUGAAACAAAGAGUGAUGAAUUACUUAGGGAGACUUGGGGGAGAGGUGAACCAUACCCUCCUGUCUGGAUGUGAUGUUUGUGAGGAGGCUAUCUCGUGGGACACGGAACAACAUCUCCGAUUUGAUGUGCCAUUUAUUGAUAUGAAGCCUCAGAUAUAUUUUGACCCAUUCCUGCCUCGUAUAGUGGAGCUGGCCACUAAAUCAGGAGACAGACAGACGAAGGUAGCUGCCUGUGAACUGCUUCACUCCCUAAUACUGCUCAGUAUAGGACGCAGUGCUACAGCACCUGGCAGGGAACGAUUCUCAGUGGCUCCCAUCUACAGAAAAAUAUUUCCCAGCAUCCUCCAGUUGGCUUGUGAUGUAGAUUUGGUUACUAAACAGUUGUAUGAGCCAUUAUUGAUGCAGCUGAUCCACUGGUUUACAAAGAACAACAAAGCAGAGAGUGAGGAAUCUAUGGCAUUACUGGAUGCCAUCUAUGAUGGUAUUAUUCAGCCAAAUGACACAGCUUUGAGGGAUUUUUGCGCAAUCUGUUUAAGAGAGUUCCUGAAGUGGUCUAUCAAACAAAGUAAAAAUGUUGAGAAGAGCCCCAUCAAUGCAAAGUCCCUGCUGAAGAGGUUGUACAGUUAUGCACUUCAUCCUGGAGCUUUCAAGAGACUGGGAGCAGCCCUGGCUUUUAAUAAUAUUUACACAGUUUUCAGAGAGGAUAAUGCUAUGGUGAACCUUUACACUUUCCAAGUAUUGGUACAUUUUGUAGAGAGUUUGGCCAUUGCUCACGAGGAUGAAUUAUCAAUGGGCACUCAGACACAGUGUAAACUGGUCCUUGAACACAUGGAGAGAAUCAUGAAAGUGAAAGCUGCUGUUCUGAGCAAGGAAGAUAAAAAUAGAACUGAACCGAAACAGUGGAGUGUCCGUAAGUUAGACAUCGCUGUCCGCUGGCUGAUGAGACAGUGCGGACGCCCCCAGACAGAGUGUAGACAUGCUUGUAUGAAGCUGGUUCAUCAGUUAGCUCCUUGUAUUACAGGUAUCAAGUCAACCAAAGACUAUUUCCAGACAUUUUAUAAGAGUGAAAAGGCAGCUUAUUUCAUAAUUAGAUUUGAGGGUAAGCAGCAGAAAUAUGGUUUGUUAUCCUGUCCAGAGAUUACUGCUGUGGAUUCUUCAUUCUCCAUACAGAAUGCUGUGUCUUGGUUUGACCAUUAUUUGGCUGCUUUGGACUGCUACAUCUGGACAUUUGGAGAAAAUCUGCUAACACCUGAUGAUAUUUUCCAAGGUGGUGGACAAAAACAGAGCAAGCUUUUCCAGGCAAUGCAGCACUUUCUGAGUAAGAUUGUGAUGAAGGAUGUGGAUGAAGUGGCAGGGAUGUUUCCACAUGAGCCGCUGACUGAUGUUUACACUCCCAAAGAAAGGGAUGAAUACAAUAGGACUAAAUGUACAGCUGUAGUGAGGACACUGGAUUUCUUCUGUAUUUUGGUGGCCAGAAGUCCUUCUUCCAUAAAGAAGCUGUUGCCCCCAGGAGUUUUGGGUGAGGACCUGUGGGAUCUGAUCUGUAUGUGUGUUGUCCAUCCUUCAAUUGUGGGGUUCAACCUUGGUGAUGUGCAGAUCAUUAAAAAUCUACCUACAGAGAUGGAAAACUUGCUAAAAGUAUUCAGUGCAAAGCUGCCAAGUGACAUCUUAACAGAGAUGUGUAAACAAUUUGGAUCACUGCUGCAAGGAGACAGAGAUUUGUUAGGCUUGCUGAGCAGGCCUCUGGAUGAUCCUUCUACUGACCACGUAUUCCUACAACAGUUGGUGUCUGGUUAUCAGCUUCUACACUGUGUGGGAUUGCUCAGUAAAAUCUUCAAAGGAACAUCACUUCCAAAUCUGGCCAACUCUCUGUUUGAUUUUGUCCACAAGAGUUUAAUUUGUGUGGAGGGAGGAACCAAACAAGCACUGACCCUGUCCCCCACAGCACAUGUCACGGCCAUCAGAUUACUGGAGCUCUCCUUCUGUCUGGGGGUGCAGAUUAAGAAGGUUAUUUCUGGGAUCCUUGACCAGUCUGUGAUAGAGGGGUCAGCUAAGGGUUACUCUCAGAGCCAUGGGGAGCUCCUUUUUACAGUCUUCAAACCUACAAUGUCGGUACAUUUGGCCAAAGCUAUGAGUGACACAGUUCCAGUUCUUUGUGAGCAUGCUAAGAAGCAGAGUUACCGAGUGAUGAGCAUCAUGGUUACUGUUGUUGACACUGUAUCCAAGGACAAAAACCUCAGAAAACAGAUUGGUCCGAGUGUCGUGACAUCUGUGGUACAGCAUUGGAAAUCCAUCUCUGUCUGGUGCUUAGCUACCACUGAGUUACACAGUAUGGCCAUGUUACUGCUUACCAAACUUGUGCUCCUGGAUAGCAAGGUGGUAACUGACACUGGUAGUAAGCACUUCCCAGAAGUAUUUGACACCUAUCUCAAGAUGUUAACAGAAACCAAAACAACAUUAUCUGUCAAGUGCAGAAUGCUAGAACUUUUGCCAUUUUUUGCCAUACUACAAGAACCACACUUGAAAAAACUGAAGCGUAGCUUGGACAGACUUGUUGCAGACCAUUUUCCAGUAAAAAGCACAGAUCUUCCAGAAUCCAGUCCACAGUUCAAAGACUACAUUUCUGCAAUAGACAGGUUGCUGACCAGUUUGGAGUUGUCUGGGAGUGAGAUGUUGUUGGAACUCCUGACCAGCAUCUUCUGUAGAGAAUCCAAACACGUACAUGAGACAAAGAUACAGGAAUCCAUCAACAGGUUCACAAAAAGGCUACCAGUAGCCAAGCAGAAGUCUGUCGUGGAUGUGGCCUAUAAUAUUUUCUGUCAAGAGAAGCUGUACCCAGCAGAAGUGAGGAGGAUCACCAUAGAGAAGGUGGCCCUCCCCUUACUGAGACUGGUUCACAAGUCCGCCCUGAUCGAGUUCUUCACUGACCACAUGACUGACCUCAGAACAGCAGUGGAGGCUAAGCUUGUCAAGGGCUCUGGGUUGGAGAACCAGUUAACAUUCAAACUCUGCAGUUUUCAGUUGCUGGAAUUAAUGUAUGGUCGACUUGGUAAGGAGGAGGUGUUCGGUAAAAGCUCAGCUUUGAACAAGAAAUUCUGUGAUGUGAAGUCUGAACCUGUGGAUUCAGGGAAGGAAAUGACUCAAGCCAUAAUGAGGACUGCACAUGCAGCUAAAGGAGAGGACGUGAGGGGUGAGAACAGCUGUACAGAGCUGAGGAGACAGUAUCACUGUGCUGCCUACAAUCUGCUGAUCGCCGUACUCUCCAGUACACAGAAUGACGCCAAGUUCUACACAGCCUUCCUCUUCAAGGAGGACGAGGCUAAAGGACAGUUUGUUUAUGACAACUUGGUUGACAAGGAAAAGUCAUAUGAAUUUACAUCAGAACUGAAGGCACCCUUGUCCAGAAAGAAGCAGUAUGUAUCAAUAAGGAAUGAAGUGAAGGACAGUGAGGUACAGAAUGGGGAGACAGAGGGAGGGACUAGCUCCUCCCUCCAUCUGGCCUCUCAGUACCUGGCAGAUAGCAGUCUGAGUGAAGACCUCAACCAGUACGACUUCACAGCCACACCCCAGAUGUCGGAGGGAUCACAAAAGGAAAAAGUGCUGACUGUUCGCAAAUCUAGCUACACUGAUGAAGAGGAUGAUUCUGAUACCAAAGUGAUGGUUGAGGAAGACUAUGUAGAGCUGGAAAUGGAUGACCUCAACCAACACGAGUGCAUGGCAACGAUGAUUGCUCUCCUCAAACAUAUGCAGAGGGCUAACAUCAUUCCACUGGUGGAGUCUGGUGUGGUACCAGAAUUACCAGCCUGGAUGAAAUGCCUGAAUGAUAAACUGAAGAAUCCAAGGACUCACAUUAACAUCAAAUACUUCAUUGUCAAACUCAUUAUAAACACUGCUGAGAUAUUCCGCCCUUAUGCCAGAGACUGGAUUCGCCCCCUAACACAGCUAAUCAUCAGUGGUCCCUUCACCAGUCUAAAUUACUUUGUUAUAGAUAUAAUAGUCACCAUCAUGUCCUGGCAUCAAGUAGCUAUUCCACAGGACACAGUAGAGGAUCGUGCGAUGUCCAGUCGCCUGGUGGAAUUUGUAAUGGGCUACGUGUAUAAUGAUACCAGGCCUGUGUACCGUAAUAACUUAGAGCUGCUGAAAACUCUACUACAGGUGUGGAAAGAUCGAGUGGAAGUACCAUACAGCAUUGUGUACAAACAUCUGAAACAACCAGAUGAAACAAAGAAGGAGAGCUGUGUGGGGAUACAGCUGAUGGGGGUUGUCCUGUCCUGUAAGUUUCCUCCCUAUGCCCCCACAGCACCUGUUGACCAGGAAAAAUUCUUUAUCACUGUGGCUCAAUACAUGAAAAAUCGCUACAAAGCAGUUUAUGCAGCUACAGCAGAAGUGGUAGGAAUGAUCUUUAAAUAUCUAGCAGACAAGGAGAGGCAGACAGAAGGAACCUUCCAUGAUUACGUUGUUAAUCUGAUGAACUCCUUACAACAGAGCAAUCCUUCUAACUUCCUCCUCUGUAUUCACAGAAUGCACCUACAUUACCCUCCCAUAUCCGACAGGUUUAUGAACCGCUUAUUGUUUGUUCUUCCCAAUCUUCAUGCUGAGUUCCGAAACCGCUGCCUGGAAGUUAUUCUAACAAGGAUUGACACCUUAGAAAAUGUCUAUGUGGAGCUCAAAAGUAAAGGACUGUUAUCCUUCCUCACACACAGGGAUGAAGAAACCCAGUUGAUUGCUCUGAAAAUUGUCAAGAGCAUUCAAACGAAGCUGCAGCCUGGUGAAGUGUCAGAGUUACUGCCCCUGAUCUGUGGAUUUUGUAUCAGUCCCAGUAUCUCCUGCCGUAAUGUCAUGUAUGACAUUCUGAUGUGGGUCUACGAUAACUACAGAGAAGAUGAGAGUGAUACAGCAAAUGACAUCAUGCAGCAAACAAAAGAGACCCUGCUUAAAGGACUAGGGGAUGAGGAUCUACAGUGCAGACUGCUGGUACAGAAUUUCUGGAGCAGUGAAUCAAGAGUUCCUGGGAACACAUUGGACAGACUGGUGGCCAUGUUAGAAGCUAUGUAUUCACCAGUUACAGAGAAACAGUUUCUAAGUUACGCCACAAAUCUUGUCCUAGAAAUGACAUCAAAAAGUCCAGACUACCAAAGAGAAAUGUUUGAGUCGCCACUUGAAGACUGCAAAUUUCAGGACUAUAAAGUGAAGUCGUCAUGGAGACAGAGACAUGCAGCCAUGACACCACUGUUUGCCAACACCAUGGCAACCCAAAGUAUGAUGGAAGAGGAUGAGAGUUUUAGUGGAGAGAUCAGAGCCACACAGGACGUCCAACAAUUCACUGCCACUCAGGAUGCUUCAAAAGCUCCAUUUAACUGGUUGACUGGGAGUAGUUUAGACACAUUCACUGACUACAGUACAGUGGGAUCAGAAACUUCUAGCUCUCUGCUGUUUACCGUGGGAACACAGGAUAUGGCCAUCAGAGCCCGUCUGAAGCCCAGCAGAAAACCUGGCUCAGGGUUUGGAAGGCCUCGAGCAGGAACCAGCAAAGCUCCUGAGAGAACCAGCAAAGAUGAAGUAGACAGUGAAAUGUCCAGAUUAAAGAGACGUUUCUUGAGAGAUGAGGAACAAAGUAAAGCUUACUUCAUAAAACGCCACACCAGAUUGCAGAAGAUGAGGGAGGAGGCCAUGAAAGAACAGAAGUCUCGUCGAGAACACCAAGUGACCAUGUACAGGAAGUAUCGAAAAGGAGACUUACCAGAUAUACAGAUAAAGUACUCCUACAUAAUAGCUCCACUUCAGGCAGUAGCUCAUAGGGACAGUACUGUGGCCAAACUUCUGUUUGGGGCCAUAUUUAAAGGAAUAUUUGCUAAGAUGGAUGAAGUAAAAACAGAGAGGGAGGUACAAGAGACAAUACAAGAGAUUCAGAAGAGUAUCGGUGUGGUGCUGACGUCCUCGAUACAGUACUUCACACCAUUCAUCAGCUGUCUAUUGGACAUCUUGUACAGUUUAAGAAGCAAACUGAAUGUAGAUGUAUCUGAUGUGAGUUCAGCAGCAACAUUUGGAAAUGUACAACCCCUGGGAAUCUGUGUACUGGAGGAGCAACUAAUAUCACAGAACGAAGAUGAACGGCCAUCAAAGAGAGGAAGAAGUGAGGGAGCAGUUGUAUCCAGAGACACAAGAAGCUGGAUUGAACUUGCAAGAUUGUAUAAAUCAGUGAAGGACUAUGAUGUACUGCUGGGGAUCUUCAGUGACAAGAUAGGAACACAGGAAAUCACAAAGGAGGCUGUACAAAUGGAGGCCAGAGGAGACUAUUACAAAGCUGUUAAACUGUACAAUCAGGCCAUGUCAUGUGAAGAGUGGGAUGAAACUCCACCCACCAUUGAAGUGGAUAUGUGGGAUGAAUCUAGGAUGGAGUGCCUAGACAACCUGUCUCAGUGGAAGGAGCUGGAGGGAGUGGCCAUGUCUGGAAUCAACAGCAAGUCUAUCAACCAAGUGUGGAAGGAUACAUACUACCAGGAACACUACUUGCCAUACAUCAUCAGAAGUAAGGUGAAGCUAAUGCUACAUGGAGAUGAUGAUCAGCAGCCAUUACUGACUUUUAUUGAUGACUGUAUGAAGCAGCCAGACCAGAAGGCCCUGAUAGAGAGUCGAUAUUGUGAGGAGCUGGCUUUGAUGUACAUCUGGCAGGGGGACUAUGACAGAGCAAGGCACUAUUCCACAAUGGCAUCCCAACAGUUCUUGCUGGACUGGAGCAGCACAGACAGUCUGAUGUCUGUCAGCAGGAGAAGCCAGCUACAGAAUCUACAACCACUAGUGGAGCUACGGGAAUUUCUGAGCUUUAUGGAGCUUGAGAGCAAUUUUACAUCAGCGGGGCCUGCUAACUUGCUAAUAGAGAGAUGGCAGAACAGGUCCCUACAUCCACUAUUGGACCCUGAGGUUGUGUGGGAUGACAUUGUCACCAAUAGAAUGGUUUACCUAGACCACAUAUCAAACAAAUUGUCCAGUUCUCUGGUGAAAAAAGAGGAAGAUGCAAUGGAGGAAGAUGAAGAAGAUAUAUUCCUGGAAUCCAAAAUCCAGCUCCGACUGAAGAUGGCAGACAGCAGUUGUCAGAAGAGGAACCAUAAACUGGCUCUUAAUAUACUGGCUGACAUACACAAAAAUUACAGAGAUAAGGAGAAUGAGAUUUUGAAUUUAGAAUGGAGUCACUUGUACGCCAAAACUCACCAGCUGAGUGCCAUGACAGCUGACAUGGACUGGACUAAUGACAUUUUCUCAAGCAUUUUGACAACAAUAGACAGGCUUGGUAAAUUUAAGGACAGCCAAAUCCUUAGGCGAGAGCCUGGGUUAGGGCGCAGACAUUUUGUUCUGAUGGGACAAGCUUAUGGCUUGUUGACUAAAGGAGUACUUAGUGAAAACUGCUUUAGUAGCCUUAGUGACAAAAACUCAGAGAAAAUUAUGUCCAUGAUCAAGGUUCCCAAGCUUGACCAGAGAGAGAUAGCUAAAUGCCUUGUUGAUGAAGGAUACAAGCAGAUGAAGACAGCUUUAUCCUAUGAUGGCCGAUCAACAAGGACCUGUCGCUAUGGUUUAGAAGAGGCAUAUCUAGCUGUGUCCCAGUACUGUAAUAAGUUCCUCAGAAUGGCUGUGGAUGAUGAAGAGACGGAACAUUUAUCGCUUUCUAAAGAGAGUCUGAAGAGCUUCCCAGAAACCAUAACUGUCUGUCUGCUGAAUGCUAUGAAGUUUGAUUCUAUGGAGGCCAGACAGAGAUUUCCACGGUUACUGCAGUUGGUGGAAAUGUAUCCAGAAAUUCGCUCCACUUUUAUUGAAAAGAGUAAACAGGUUCCCUGCUGGAUGUUCAUUAUGUGGAUUAGUCAGAUGAUGGCUUUGUUAGAUAAACCAGAGGGCAGCACUGUACACCACAUUCUGACGGAACUUACCGAAAACUACCCACAGGCUGUAGUUUAUCCCUUCAAGCUGAGCAGUGAGGGAUACAACAUUACAGACAAAAAAGAUGAAGCUUUUAUUGCAAGCCUGAAUGAUAAGUUGGGAGAUGAUCAGCUUCCUUUGGUGUCAAAGUUCAUCUCAGCCCUGGAACACAUGAGUCAACCCGAUCAAAUUUUCAAGGACUGGUUUGAUGACACAAGACUGAAAUUCAACAAGAAGAAACCAGAUAAAAAAGCCAUGAGGCAGGAAUUUCAGAUCAUGUACAAGAAAGUUCUUGAGCUUAACGAGACUGUGGGUCGAGGAGCAAGCCAAAGAUCUCAGACUGAGGAAACCUUGAGCACAGUGGACAAAGGGAAAUAUCCCAAAAAGUUUGCAGAGAGAUUCAAGAAGGAUGUUGACAGUUGCUUUGGAAAAGAUGGAGAAAAAAUUAUGGAUAUGACAUUAGGUAAAUUUGUAAAUGCUUACAAGAAAGUCUACACAGACAUGACAAAUGAAGUGAAGGGGAAUAACUUGAAGCCCCCAGAAACGCUAAAGGAUUACUGCCAAUGGUUGUCAGAUUUCAACCCCAGCAUUCAGGGCAAGGAUCUAGAAAUUCCAGGUCAGUACGAUGGAGUGACAAAACCAUUGCCCGAGUAUCACAUCAAAGUGGUUGGAUUUGAUCAAAGGGUAAAAGUUAUGACCUCAAUACGUAAACCAAAGAGGAUAACGAUUCGUGGAAAUGAUGAGAGGGAGUACCAUUACCUUGUGAAGGGAGGAGAGGAUUUAAGGCAGGAUCAGAGGAUAGAACAACUCUUCUUCCUGAUGAACCAGGUCUUGGAGAGUGACCCAGCCUGUAAACAGAGGAACCUUAAAAUCAAAACCUACCAAGUCAUUCCAAUGACACCAAGAGUUGGUCUUAUAGAAUGGAUGAACAACACUAUACCACUGAAAGAUUUCCUGUAUUCCAAUCUCACAGACCAGGAAACCAAAUUCAUGCACAGCAAGCAAGGACCCAUGCACCUUCACACUACUUGGAUAAUGAAACUAAACAAAGAUCAAAUUCCUGCCUACAUGCAGAUGUACCUGAAAUAUAAUAUGACAGAAACGAAGCGAGAACUACAGAAGAAAGAAAGUUGUGUGCCAUGGGAUUUAUCAAGGCGUGCUUUCCACAAGAUGAGCACUUCCCCAGAAGCAUUCCAUGUCCUCCGCUGUAAGUGUGCCUCGACUCAUGCCUUGAUCUCCAUUUGUCAGUACAUACUCGGGAUUGGUGAUCGUCAUUUGUCCAACUUUAUGGUGAACUUAAAGAAUGGGGAGAUAGUGGGCAUUGAUUUUGGCCAUGCCUUUGGCUCUGCUACACAGUUCCUGCCUAUUCCUGAGUUGAUGCCGUUCCGCCUGACUCGACAGCUGCGUAACCUGAUGAUGCCACUACAGGUUCAUGGUCUAAUGGAAUCCACAAUGAUCCACACCCUCCGAGCACUCAGAAAUAACUGUGACCUGCUGUUAAAUACCAUGGACAUUUUUGUGAAAGAACCAUCAGUUGAUUGGCUGAUAAAUGCAGAAAAACAAAUGAAUGAAAUGAAAGGAGAUGAAUCACCUGAGGAAGAGGAUGUGAUGUGGUACCCAAAAGAAAAGAUAGAGUAUAUGAAAAGAAAGCUAAUGGGAGACAACCCAGUCAGUGUAACCAGAGCUGAGUUAAAAUUAGGUCACUUCAAGAAGGCAGCAUUCCCUGCCAUGGAGAGGGUGCUUCAGGGAGACAAGAGGGAGAAUGUACGAGCACAGCUUAACGACACCGGCCUGUCAGUAGAACAACAGGUGGCAGCACUGAUCGAUCAAGCCACCGACCCAAACAUUCUAGGUCGGGUUUAUGUUGGCUGGGAACCGUGGAUGUGAAAUGUCAAUACAUGCAUUAGCUUUAACUGGACAAAUUAUUGGUGUUGUGUGACCAAGGAACCAUUACUCCGUGAUCCAAAGCUUUAGAAUUGUCCAGUGAAAUUUACUUUUUAUAGUUGUUUAAGCUGGGUUAGUUACUGGUGUAACUUUGAAAAUAAAUUCUGUAGAAGAGAUCUUGGCAAAGCUAGACUGGAAAAAUCAUCAACAUAUGUGCCAUACAGAGAAUGAAAUAAUGGUGCUUCAUGAAGUAAAUCCAGAAGAACUAAACACAAUACAUAUAGUAGACAUGCUUUUUUUUUAAACUCUAGUACACAUCUAUGUGUAGUUACAGUUGAUUCUGCAGUAUUUGCAUAUACUUGAACAUGUAAUAGGGAUGGAGGUUGUCAAAUUUUAUAGUCAUUAAUCCUCACAUUGUUUGACUGAAUAUUCAGUUAACUAGAAAAAAGAUGAAUGUGCAUGUAUACAUAUGUACAUGCAUUAUGCACACCAAUAUACAUGUAUUGAAAAUAUACAAGUUGAUAACGUAGCAAAGAUACCCUUUUUGUGACUGCUUUGACAAUAUAGUGUGAAUAUACAUGUAUGUUGCACAUGCUUAUAUACAAUUUCAUGCAGCAAGUUCCUGUAUUUCUAGAAAGGUUGUCAAAAUAAAUCUAAGUAUUUCUU